GAGGUGGGAAUACCAGAUGUGUUCGCUUUCAGACACAAUCUUAAUUUCUCCUGCGCAAUCGGACCCAGCCUGCCCUUAAGGGCAAGGGCCCGGCACUUUCCAAGUGCCCUCCCUGCCCAGACCCACGGAUAAGUAAGUAGGGUGAAGGCGGGGCCGCUGGGCCGGCGACACCCUCCAGAAGGUCCAGCCCUGGCCCGCGUCCCUCCCACCUUAGGACGCCGACACGGAGAGCGGGAUCACCCUCUCAAUGAAAGGCAGAUGUCCCUUUAAGGUCUGCUUUGCAGCCCAGCCCGUGGACUUUAGCCUAAACACGAACCCGCGAAGCUGGCUUUAUUUGUCCAUGUCUCGGACAGAGCCUGGGAGGCUGCCAGUGGGAUUUCAGAGACCGAGCGCGGGAAGGGGCGGGCGAUGGGGCAGUGAGUCGGGGAUAUGAAAAGCGUGGAGAGAACCUAGAGGCAUUUGUCGAAAACACAGGAAAUUCGCUCUCGGGCUGCUGGACGCCGUGACCGCCCGGGCCGAGACGGAGACCUCCCGCGGCAGAGGGGCCCGGAGCGCGCGGCCCCCGAGCGCCGUCCCGCCGCGUCCCGCCCCCGAGCCCGCGCCCCCCGCUGCCCGGCUCCGCGGCUCCCCGGCCAUGGCCCCCCGACGCCGCGCCGGCCCAGGGGUCGCUGUCGCCUGCUGCUGGCUCCUCACCGUUGUUCUAGGCUUCUGCGUAUCAUUCAAUGUUGAUGUGAAAAAUUCAAUGACUUUCAGUGGCCCCGUGGAAGACAUGUUUGGAUACACUGUUCAACAAUAUGAAAAUGAAGAAGGAAAAUGGGUGCUAAUUGGUUCCCCUUUAGUUGGUCAACCCAAGAACAAAACUGGAGAUGUCUAUAAGUGUCCAGUUGGGAGAGGCAAACCAUUACCUUGCAUAAAGUUGGAUCUACCAGUUAAUACAUCAAUUCCCAAUGUCACGGAAGUAAAGGAGAACAUGACAUUUGGAUCAACUUUAGUCACCAACCCAAAUGGAGGGUUUCUGGCAUGUGGCCCCUUAUAUGCAUAUAGAUGUGGACAUUUGCAUUACACAACUGGAAUCUGUUCUGAUGUCAGCCCCACAUUUCAAGUCGUGAACUCCAUUGCUCCUGUACGAGAAUGCAGUACCCAGCUGGACAUAGUCAUAGUGCUGGAUGGCUCCAACAGUAUUUACCCUUGGGAAAGUGUUACAGCUUUUUUAAAUGACCUUCUUGAAAGAAUGGAUAUUGGUCCCAAACAGACACAGGUUGGAAUUGUACAGUAUGGAGAAAAUGUAACCCAUGAGUUCAACCUUAAUAAGUACUCAUCAACAGAAGAAGUACUUGUUGCAGCAAAUCAAAUAAUUCAGAGAGGUGGCCGCCAGACUAUGACAGCCCUUGGAAUAGACACAGCCAGGAAGGAAGCUUUCACUGAAGCCCGGGGUGCCCGAAGGGGAGUUAAAAAAGUCAUGGUAAUUGUGACUGAUGGGGAGUCCCAUGACAACCAUCUACUGAAUAAAGUCAUCCAAGACUGUGAGGAUGAAAACAUUCAGCGGUUUUCCAUAGCUAUUCUUGGGAGCUAUAACAGAGGAAAUCUAAGCACUGAAAAAUUUGUGGAAGAAAUAAAAUCAAUUGCAAGUGAACCCACUGAGAAGCAUUUCUUCAAUGUCUCUGAUGAAUUGGCUCUAGUCACUAUUGUUGAAGCUCUGGGAGAAAGAAUAUUUGCCUUGGAAGCUACAGCUGACCAGUCAGCAGCUUCGUUUGAAAUGGAAAUGUCUCAGACGGGCUUCAGUGCUCAUUAUUCACAGGACUGGGUCAUGCUUGGAGCAGUAGGAGCCUAUGAUUGGAAUGGAACUGUCGUCAUGCAAAAGGCUAAUCAAAUCAUAAUCCCCCACAACACAACCUUUAAUGUUGAGUCUACCAAAAAGAAUGAACCUCUUGCUUCUUAUUUAGGCUACACAGUGAACUCUGCCACUGUUUCUGGAGCUGUGCUGUACAUUGCUGGACAGCCACGGUAUAAUCAUACAGGCCAGGUUGUCAUCUACAGGAUGGACGAUGGAGACAUCAAGAUUCUCCAGACGCUCAGUGGAGAACAGAUCGGUUCCUAUUUUGGCAGUGUUUUAACAACAAUUGACAUUGAUAAAGAUUCUAACACUGACAUUCUUCUGGUCGGGGCUCCCAUGUACAUGGGAACGGAGAAAGAGGAACAAGGAAAAGUGUAUGUGUAUGCUCUGAAUCAGACAAGGUUUGAAUAUCAAAUGAGCCUGGAACCCAUUAAGCAGACUUGCUGCUCAUCUCUAAAGCAUAAUUCAUGCACAAAAGAAAACAAAAAUGAGCCAUGUGGGGCUCGUUUUGGAACAGCUAUUGCUGCUGUGAGAGACCUCAAUCUUGAUGGAUUUGAUGACAUUGUGAUUGGAGCUCCCCUGGAAGAUGAUCAUGGGGGAGCUGUGUACAUUUAUCACGGGAGUGGCAAGACUAUAAGGAAAGAGUAUGCACAACGUAUUCCAUCAGGUGGAGAUGGCAAGACACUAAAAUUUUUUGGCCAGUCUAUCCAUGGAGAAAUGGAUUUAAAUGGUGAUGGUCUGACUGAUGUGACUAUUGGGGGCCUUGGUGGUGCUGCCCUCUUCUGGUCCCGAGAUGUGGCUGUAGUUAAAGUGACUAUGAAUUUUGAACCCAAUAAAGUGAAUAUCCAAAAGAAAAACUGCCGUGUGGAAGGAAAGGAAACAGUAUGCAUAAAUGCUACAGUGUGUUUUGAUGUGAAAUUAAAGUCCAAAGAAGACACAAUUUACAUAGCUGAUAUGCAGUACCGUGUCACACUAGAUUCACUAAGACAGAUAUCACGAAGCUUUUUCUCUGGAACUCAAGAAAGAAAGAUUCAAAGAAACAUCACAGUUGAAGAAUCAGAAUGCACUAAGCUUUCCUUCUACAUGUUGGACAAGCAUGACUUUCGGGAUUCUGUAAGGAUAACUUUGGAUUUUAAUCUUACCGAUCCAGAAAAUGGGCCUGUUCUUGAUGAUUCUCUACCAAAUUCAGUACAUGAAUAUAUUCCCUUUGCCAAAGAUUGUGGAAACAAGGAAAAAUGUAUCUCGGACCUCGCCCUGAAAGUAUCCACCACAGAAAAAGGCCUGCUUAUUGUCAGGUCCCAUAACGAUAAGUUCAAUGUUAGUCUCACGGUCAAAAACAAAAAGGACAGCGCCUAUAACACCAGAACCAUAGUGCACUAUUCUCCAAAUCUAAUUUUUUCAGGAAUUGAGGCUAUCCAAAAAGACAGUUGUGAAUCCAAUCAUAAUCUCACAUGUAAAGUUGGAUAUCCUUUCCUGAGAAGAGGAGAAGAGGUUACUUUCAAAAUAUUAUUUCAGUUUAAUACAUCUUAUCUCAUGGAAAAUGUGGUCAUUCAUUUAAGUGCAACAAGUGACAGUGAAGAACCUCCUGAAGCCCUUUCUGAUAAUGAAGUAAACAUUUCUAUCCCAGUAAAAUAUGAAGUUGGACUUCAGUUUUACAGCUCUGCAAGUGAAUACCAUAUUUCAAUUGCGGCCAAUGAGACUGUCCCUGAAGUUAUUAAUUCUACUGAGGACAUUGGAGAUGAAAUUAAUAUCUUCUACUUGAUUAGAAAGAGUGGACAUUUUCCAAUGCCAGAACUUAAGCUGUCAAUUUCAUUUCCCAACUUGACCUCAGAUGGUUAUCCUGUGCUAUACCCAAGUGGAUGGUCAUCUUCUAAUAAUGCAAACUGCAGACCCAGUAGUCUUCAGGACCCUCUUGGUGUCAACUCUGGGAAGAAAACAAUUAUAUCCAAAUCUGAAGAUCUCAAACGAGGCACAAUUCCGGACUGCAGUACAUGUAAAUUUGCUACCAUUACAUGUAAUUUGAUUCCUUCUGACAUGAGCCAAAUCAAUGUUUCACUUAUCGUAUGGAAACCAACUUUUAUAAAAGCACGUUUUUCCAGCUUAAAUCUUACUGUAAGAGCAGACCUUCAAAGUGAAAAUACAUCCCUGAUUUUAAGUACUGGCAAUCAAAAAAGAGAGUUUGCCAUUCAAAUAUCCAAAGAUGGGCUGCCAGGCAGAGUGCCAUUAUGGGUCAUCCUGUUGAGUGCCUUUGCUGGAUUAUUGCUAUUAAUGCUGCUUAUAUUAGCACUGUGGAAGAUUGGAUUCUUCAAAAGACCACUAAAGAAGAAAAUGGAGAAAUGACAUAAUUAAUAGGAGAAAAAAAUAAUAAUUAUUCAAUGAUCUAUCCUCAGGUUUGCCUCAAAUAUGUGACAAGAAAUUUAUUAAUACAAUUAAAGACAUAGUCACGUAACUUUACAUAAUCCAUCAGGGAUUAAUCACUUGGAAAAUAACAGAUCAAAGAAGAUCCAAAAACAAUACCAUAAAGAUAUAUUUUAUAAAAUGAUGAAAAAUAUUUUAAAUAGUCAUUUGUGUUAUUUAAGUAAAAUUACAAAGUGUUUUGAAGAUGAAGAAUAACAUGUACACCUAUAUUUAUAUAUUAAAUCAGCAUUCAGAGUAUUUAAGGAAUGCAUAAAAAGAUUUUUAUGAUCAUUGAUAAAUUAAGCUUUUUCCAUUGAUUCCUGAUGGAUAGCCACAUUCAGCAUGAUAGUUAACAUAUGUAAAUGACAAGAAAGGAAUUAACCGAAAACAAUCACUUCUCCCUGUUCAAAUGAGAAAAUUGUUCUGAUUAACGUAUAUAUAAAAUAUGGACUGAAAAUAGAAUUAAGUCACAAAGAAUACAUUCAACAUCUUUGUGUUGGGUUCUGUACUUGGGAAGUGUGGGUUUGUUUUUUUCCUAAAGUGUUUGGAAACUGUUGAGCUGAUGGAAAAAUCAAGCUAGACUUGCUUAAAAGCAGCUCACUGAAUGGAUUAAUUUAAGCUUUCAUAGAACAUGCUUAAUUUUGACAUGAGCCCUAAAACUCAAAACUUUAUGCUGAAAACACUUCACAGCAGUUUUGUGGGGCGUACCAGCGAUUUGACAUGACAAGCCAUGGUAUGUGUGGAAUAUGCUACGACGGCUUCUGAACAGAACGGGACAGUGCAGGCUGAUGCCCCGGAAACGCUGAAGUCACCUUUGCUGAGAGGCUUUUGAACGUUAGGGGUCCCAGGAUGUAACCAAAAGUAGGACUUUUCUCAACUCCUUGGCACAUGGUUCAUUUAAACCCUCAAGCUGUGAGAGUAUGUUUAUUUUUAAUUUUUUUAAAAGGUAUUUAAUUUUCCAAACACAUUUCUUUUUUUUUAUGAAAGGCACAUUCCAUUUCAGUAUUGCAUUUUACCAAGAAGCCACUGCUUUUUAGUGUGGCAUAAUCAUAUUUAAAUAGAACGCCAGAAAUGUAUUUUAAACAAUCUUAGGCUUGAAACUUUGCCCCGACAGAGAGAUAUCACACCUCUGUAUGAGCUUCUUUGCUCCUGAAGUAAUCACUAUGGUGCAUCAGACUCUACUGUAGCAUAAUAAGCUCCUAGGUGGCUCUGUUUCUUAGGAAAGUAACAAUGAAUGAAUGUAUCAUAGCUGCAUGUGUGAACUACUGCUGUAAAAUUUGCUGAUACUUCUGCAACAACUCCAUCUCACCACCUGGCUGACCAUCGCAAGACCAGCACCUGUCCAGCACCUUAUCCAGAAAGUCCUGUAUUCUACUUAUCUCAAAAGCAUCAAAUCAAGGGAGAAAUUAAAUGCUAUGGAUUUCACUUUUAAAACUAAUUUCCAAGGAAUUCUCCGAGGACUCAGAGUUGGCCUACCUCAUGGUUCUCCACAUCUAUGUCUAAGAUCCAACAACCAAAGCCAUGCACCUAGGGAAUGCCAAGGUCAUCAAUACUAGAAGGCUCAAUCUUCCAGAGAUUUGAUAUCCUCCUGCUGGCCUGUCAGUGUUCAGAAAUGUCCAUUUUGGGAAUUUCCUUCAUUCCCAUUACCUGUCUCCAGGUUCAGAAAUCAUUCUUCCCAUAUGUUCUUUCUUUUCCCAACAGAAUUCAGGUCUCUCUUACUCAGAGUCACCAUGUCGCACAACUCCGGUGCACAGCCUGUAUGGCAGCAUUGCUCCAAUCUCAGCACAUUCUUAGAAGUUAAUCUAACAGGUGAAUUUAAAUUCACACUUGGCCUCUAUGACUGCUUGGCAAAGAAUUCACAUGCAUUUAAACCAAAUAUAUUAACCAGAGGGGAAAGAUGGAAACAACGGCAUUUUAAACUUGUUAGAAAAGACAGCCAUGGGGACAGAUGAAAUAACUACUGAUAAGCCUGGCAUAAUUUUUAACAUAAGCCGUUCCCAGUUUUCAAGUAGAAUGUUUAAUGAACCAGAUAUCACUUUUCCCUAAUACUAUUAUUUGUUGAGCUUUAUGUGUGUAUAUAUGUGAGCAUCUGUAUGUCUAUGUAAACACACAUGUACACACACACAUGAAUGCACAAACACAAAUCAAAUACAAAAUACCUCAAAAAUACCAAAUGACAGCAUUUGACAAAAGUGACCAAAAUAAACACAAAAGCUACACCAAUAAGAAAAAUUUGAUUCAUCCAUUUUCAUUCAUUCAUUCAUUCAUUCAUUCACUCAUUCAUUUUCAAUAAUAUUUAGUUUUAGUGCAUAGCUCUGCAACUAUCUAAAAGAUGUAUAUGUGGAUGUUUUGAUUAAAAUAAAAGUCAACAGUGCAAAUGUUCAGUACUAAUACAUAGUCAAUGAUUAAGAAAUAUACUAAACUAUUAUUUUAUACUAAAGUACAUAUUAAUAAGAAAAGUGAGUGCUAUUUAAGACUGAGCUUAUGCCAAAAACUUUUAACUUUGGUAAUUUACAAAAUUGAUUAUUUCUUCUACUGUGAACUAAAAUAUGUAUGAAGUCCCUUUCCAGACCAAACUUAGAAUGGUAUAUUGGUAAAUUAUUCAACAGCUGGGUCUCCAGGAGGAAAAAUAACCCCCAAUUUGUAUCAUUUGCCAAUUUCCAUGAUUUAAAUAGUCUUGCCAUAGCCAUAUUCAAGCUACCAAAAUAAUGCUAACCAGCUUGCAAAACUCCUGAAAAUUGAUCUGUCAGCUCUCAUGGACCAGUAUAAACUGGCUUCAGCACACUAUUGAAAUAGAUUAGGUGAUAAUAAUAGACAAUAGAUAGAUGAUAGAUAUACAGAGAUACAUGUUAGAUAUAUAUAUACAUACAUAAAUACACACAAUAUAAUCAUAUUUCAAAUUAUGCUUUAAAGUCUCAUCUCAAGCCCAGAAGAUAUAAUGCUACAUAGUCCCUCAUUCUUCAAUUUCAAUUUCUAGAAUUAUAGCCUUUCUUUAAUAUUAAGAAAAUGAUAUAAACGUUCAGGAGAAGCAAGGAGUUGAAAGUAAGAAAAUAUAAAGGGUGACACAAUGAAAGUCUGACUUUUACAGCCACAGAGAAUCUAUUUUACUUUCUCUAGGAAUCCAGAGCUCUAGAGCAAGAUUAUGAAAGUUCAUCCUUUGCAAAUAUUUGUCAUUUGUGUGAUCCAACUUGAAAUUCAGUUGUCCAGUUUAUUCGAUUAUUUUAUCUAAGCCUUAGAGUCAUGGGCAAUUUAAUCUCUGAAUAUUUCCAUGUCAUAAGUAUGCUUAAAAUGAGGCUUGUAAGGGGAGAUUUUUUUUUUUGCAAAAUUUGAUGCUUAGUCAAUCAUAAUAAAUGUACCUACACAUGCAAAUACCUAUAAAUAUAUCUAUUCUCUUUUCCUUUUACAAAACCAAUAUCUAGACUCAAUUGGAAAACAAAUAUCUACACCAAAAGCCAAAGAUGGUUGCACAGUGUUUGCCUAAGCUGGGUUGUAGUGGCUGUGAAAAGCUGUGCGCACAUUCUCUCCCAGCAUCCCCUGAAAAGGCCACAGUUUAUGGAGUGAACAGCCACUCCUCCAGCUUCCAUGCAGUGUGGUAGAGGGUAAUGUCUUUGUCAGACCUGUGGUAAUCUGCACCGUGUGAAAAAACUAUCUAGCUUCGCACAACACUGAGAAAACUAGGGAAGACCCAGGCUCAGAACAUGACUCAUGCUCUAGGUGCGGUCACAUUAUUGUUCAAAUGAAGAGGCUUCUGGCAAAUCUUUUUUUUUUACAAAAUAAUAUCCUAUGCAUCCUUCAUUUACUUUCAGUGCUUCUCACGUCCUCUGCAUUAGUCAUCCCCCCACUGCCACCAAGGGAGAUUUUUCAAGACUAUUGGAGAAAAAUCUGUUCACAUGUGCUCUCUGUUUGCUGUGAAUAUCAGCUUCAGUGAACUGAUCAUUUAUAUGUGAUUUCAGGCCUUGGUUCUCCAACACUCUAAAGGCAUAACAUGAUAUAGGCAUAACGUAAUGGGGACAAAAUGCCUUGUACUUCAAAGAAGGAAUAUCUUUACCCGAUUUACAACCCUUUGUGGGAGACUGUCAACAACUACACCAAAGGUUACAGGAAGGACUGGUAGGAUGUGGCCAUCAACACCCCACAAUCCCCAUCCUCAGCCAUGGAUUUAAUAAUCCAAAAAAUUAAAAGAGGGCUAUAAAGUCUUCAGACUGAUGCUAUCUUUUAAUUUAAUUUAACAGCAGAUUUUUUAAUUCAAACACAGUUUCAAGGAGAGUCCACUGGGCAACCCCUUUCAUAUCAAACUACUCUCCCUAAACCUUUCCUACACAGAACUUCUGAAACCACCCCUAGAUGUUAAUUCUGCAGUACAUUGCAAAACACUCAAUUCUGCUGUUUCCCAAAUGGAAGCACUAUUGUGCAACAUCUUAUGUAAAACAAUAAAAAUAGAGCAAAUGUCUAACAUUAUAAUCUGGUGAACAAAUCAGCAUCUUUGAUCCUCAUAUUAAAAUUUAAUCUUGAAUUUAGAAAUUCCAACUACAGCCUUUUACCAUCGACCUUAAGGAAACCUGAAGGAGCAUAUGUUGGCUCUUAAGCCCCAGCCCCAUUGUCUUCUUCAUAUCUGACACCAGGAGGUCCAGUUCUUAACUCAUGGGAAUGUAUAAUUCUUCCUCUAUAAAUGUCCUGAGCUUAACCCCUGAAUUCACUACACCCCAGAUCAGCUUGGCCCCACCCCAUAUCACAUAAGCACUUCUUGCCAAAAAUUUACCAUACUGAAAAAUAUGGAAGGGUGAGUUAUCACUUCAAAUGUACUCUGCUUUCAGAUCAAUUUUUCCUUUUUAAAUAUAUUAAAACAUUUUCCCCAAAACUAAUGAGUUCAGAACUUUAUGUAAGACUUCCUUGCAUUUCCCUCCUGCCACUGGUUGGAGGAUUUCAGUGCUGUGAGGACUAGGCAGGAGAAGUCAGAGCCCAUUUGCAGAAUCUCUCUGCCUUCUGCCUUCCAGUUGGUAUCUUCUCUUCUCAAGUGCACAGUGGGGAUGUUUUGUUUUGAUUUGGAACUUCCUUGGCAAGGCCAUUAUAAGCCCUGUGCGUCUUGCAGGACUUUGGGUGGUUGCGUGUUUUUCUGCUGAAUUGAGGUUUGGAAAUCCUUUAAUUCUCUGACACACCAUGGAACUCAUGACAGUAAACUAGGGACUAGUGACACUCCUAACUAUGAUAUUUGAUUUUACCAUAUUUCAAGUCACAUCUUCAUGGAAAAAAAAAAGACUAAGUGGAAUUUUAGAAGCUCUUCUGCAAAAGACUGAGACUCAAUGCUUAAUCUUUUAUUCAAUCUGUGCAUAUAGACUGAGGACAACAUUUUAAAGAGAGAUCUUCCAGAUAACACAGAAUGAAAGCCAGGUAUCCUCUUGAACAAUUCCCAGUAGACAUUACUUUUUCCCACCCCCCAUUUUUUAAGAGAGAGAUGGAAUGAAGAAAACUGACAUAUUGUUCCUCCACAGCAGAACCCAGCAGAAGGUAAGCCCCACACAGAAACUGAUCGUGGCUUUCUGAGAGAUAGAGAGUAGCAUGGUAGGUCCAGUGCCAGGUGGCAGUCUUCCUGUCAUGCCCUCCGCCCCCCCCCCCCCCCGCCGGCCCCUGGCCAACCCCGGCAGCUUGCAUCUUGAGAGAAAAGAAAAUGGAGCAGGAGAGAGGAAAUGAAGCUACUUAUCUUUUAUAUAUACACCCUUCCUCCUCAAAAUACCACAAGCUCCCUUAGACCACAUCAUACCCACACACAAUACUAACACAUGUAAAUUGUUGAUUAAAUAAAAGUAUAUUCUUACUUGCUUAUUAGCUGGGGCUAAUUUCCUGGAGUUUAAUAUACUUUGUCUCAAGUAAAAACAGUCAUUUGAAGCAGCAACACAUCAGGUCUUCUUCAUACUGGAAUAAUUUCACACAGGAUAUCCUGAUCCUUCGCAUUUAAUUCUGACACCUCCUGGCCUUCUUUCAGGAUGCAACAGCUGUCUCUCUGCUUUCUUCAUAGGAAACAUUGGCCUGUGGAGAGAAUGGUGUACUGUGUAUUACUACUGUGAGGCUGUAAAAUUGUUAGCAGACAGUAUGAAGAAUCGUUUCUAUUUGAUUAAAAAGAAAACUAUUGUGUAUAAUAACUACUGCCCUGAAACAUGUAUCAUAUCACUCCAAUAAAGUUUUCAGCAUAGUCUGACAUAAGA